GAGGCUCCGGGAGCACGCAGCGCGGCGAUCGGUGGUGCGCUGUGUCCCUCGGACACAGCGGAUCACCGAUCAACGGAAAGAGCCGAAGAUGUCGACUCGGUCAUGUGAUCAGCUGUGUCAAAUCACAGCUGAUCACAUGGCACUGAUGAUCAGUGUAGCCCCAGCAGUGCCACCCGUCAGUGCUCAUCCAUGCUACAUAUCAGUGCCACAUUUCAGUGCCUACCAGUGCACAUCAAUGCCACAUAUCAGUGCCCAUCUGAGCUGCCUUUCAGUGCCACCUAUCAGUGCUGCCAAUCAGUGCCACAUAUCAGUGCCAGUCAGUGCCCGUCAGUGCUGCCUAUCAGUGCCGCCUAACAGUGUCAGUCAGCGCCUCCUAUCAGUGCCAGUCAUUGCCAUAUAUGAAUGCUGCCAUUCAGUGCCCAUCAGUGAUGCUUGUCAAUGCCCAUCAGUGCCACCUACCAGUGCCUCCUCAUCAGUG